AUGACAUCCAUCACGAAUGAAGACCGUUUACCACUUAUAGAACCUGAUAUAGAUGUUGAACUUCAAACUUCGGACGUUGAUAGUGUCAAUUUCUUGGAUGUUGCACCAUUACAACAACAAAAUGAUGAAAAUUUGUCAUUUCCGAUCUUUGAUAGUUCCUCCAACACAUCUAACACAUCUAACACAUCGAGAACAAGUAGUUACAAACGAAAACAUUCACCUCAUAAUUCAAUACAUAAACAAGAUAUUGUUAAUAACUAUCCAAGUGUGGGUGAGUUAUUUUGGAAUGAUGGGAGAAUGUAUAGUGAUGUUAGAUUAACAUUUGAAGAUCGAGAAGUUCUAGCCAACUGCACUGGAAUACCAUCUGAGCUUCGUUUACACUCUAUAGUUUUAUCCCAAUCACAAUUCUUCAAAGAACAACUCUCACGAUCAUCUUCAAUACCAAAAAAUAAUAUGAAUAAUAUGAAUGAAAAACAAAUCAUUGUUAGAUUACCAGCUUAU